AUGGCCACGUCGGCUUCGUCAGCUUCGUCGGCUACAACUUCGAGCGGCGUAUCUUCGUCAUCUUCGCCGGAGGUGCGCACCGUGGAGCGGCUCAAAAAGAAGGAGCGCCGCAAGAGCCUGCGCGAGCGGCUGGUCGCGUCGUGGGGCCUCCACGUCACCGAUGGCGGCGCGGUCGACCCCGCCAAGCCGCGGCACAGCGCGGGCCUGCACAAGGUGCAGGGCGGCCGGGUGGUCGGCCUCGCGCGCGACUACGAAAGCUGCGGUGGCACUACAACAGGCGGUGUGACCGGCAACUCCAACGAUGACCACCACAACAACAAUGACGGCACACCGCGCCGGCGAUUCGAUGGAAGCAGCAGCGCAGGCUCGCCCAGGCCAGGCCUCCGCUACAAGAACGGCGCCACGGAAAUGUAUCGGUCGUCGCCGAUUCUCGGGUCGCCGCCGGUGUCGGCCCGCCGCGACGUCGAUGCAUUCCGCUCCGAGGGCAACCUGUCGUCCUACGUACAGACCGCCGCCACACGCCCGGCCGAGGCCGCCAGCACCACCACGACCACGACCACGACGAGCGCGACUGAUGGCGGCGACGACGGCAUGUCGGAGCUAAGGAAGGGCGGCUGGUGGCGGCCCAAGAAGAUGUUUGGCAAGAGUUUGAAGAAGACGAAGAAGACGAAGACGAAGAAUGAAGACGACAGCGAUGAAGAUGAGGACGAGGACGAGACCAAAGAAGAAGAGAGCGAAGCGGAGCAGCAGGUGUCCAUCCACGUGCUCAUCAAGCGAAGCGACGUAGAGGGCAUCACGAAGUUGAUCAGCUCCAGCCGGAAGCCCAAGCGAGGCGGCGAGACCGGCGGCGUCGACGACGUCGUCAACCUCAAGAGCGCGCUCGGCUCCACUCCGCUCCACACCGCGGUCGAGGUCGGCGACCUCGAGGCGCUUCUUGUCGAUGGUAAGGCCGACGCCAACUCGAAGACCAACGACCUCAACACGCCCCUGCACUACCUGGCCGGCAAGGCGCCCAAGGACGACACCCGGGAGCUGUACUACGACGUGAUGACGCUGCUCCUGGGCAAGGAGGGCAAGGUGUACGGCAUGGUCGCCAACAACACCACCUCGCGAAACAAGAACGGAGACACGCCAUUGCACUACGCGGCCAUGCAUGGCCGACCCGAGGUGGUGCAAUGGCUGCUGGAGCACCACGCCGCGGUCAAUAAUCAAAACACAUACGGGGACACGGCCCUUCACUGUGCGGUGAUCAGGGGCGAUGCGGAGAUGGUGCAGCUUUUGCUCAAGAGCGGAGCCAGCAAGAGCCUCGAGGGCCGAUCAGGCACUCCCAAGGAGGUAAACACCCCAGAGCACCAGAGCACCAGAGCACCAGAGCCCACUCAACCCACGCCUCAGCGUGACUCACCUUUUGCUUUUUUCCAGAUUGCUAAGAGCGAGCAUGCAGACAACGCCAGCCUUCUUGCCUUGUUUUGA